CAGGAAUAAACACGACGACACCGGAUAAAGCUGUAAUGUUGUUGAACAGGACCAGGAAGAAGCAUUGAGAAGUGGCAGUAAAGGUGAGUCAAGAUGGGGGCUUUAGCUAGCUUGUUUAAAAGAUUGUCUGGCAGCAAAGAAAUGAGGAUCCUGAUGGUGGGACUGGAUGCUGCUGGAAAGACCACCAUCCUGUACAAGCUCAAACUGGGAGAAAUUGUUACCACAAUCCCUACCAUUGGUUUUAAUGUUGAGGUGGUCGAAUACAAAAACAUCUGUUUUACAGUGUGGGAUGUCGGUGGUCAGGACAAGAUCAGGCCACUCUGGAAGCAUUACUUCCAAAACACACAAGCCAUCGUCUUUGUAGUGGACUGUAAUGACAGGGAGCGAGUUGGUGAGGCGAAGGAGGAGCUGAUGCGAAUGCUGGCUGAAGAUGAACUGACGGACUCUCUGCUGCUUGUGUUUGCCAACAAACAGGACCUUCCCAAUGCCAUGAAAGCAGCUGAGGUCACGGACAAGUUGGGACUGCACUCCUUGCACAAUCGGGGCUGGUACAUCCAGGCAACGUGCGCCACUUCUGGAGAUGGUCUCUAUGAGGGUCUCGACUGGCUUUCAAACCAGCUAAAGAAAAAAAAAUGA